AUGCAGAUGGACUCCUACUACUUCCACGACGACGCCCACUUCUUCGCCGGCUGCGGCGUCCCCGGCUCGCCGGACCUGCCCUUCGCCGACCUCAUUGCGUCGCUCUCGGAGCCGCUGCCUGAGGUGGCCAGACAGAGCGCGUUCCGGGAGUACCGCGGCGUCGGGCUGGAGCUUCCGGGCACGGCGCGGGGCGGGACGGGGAACGGGAUCAACAUCCACCGGAGGAUGAUGGACGUGCUGGGCAGGAUGGGGCCGGCCACCGAGGAGGAGCAGCGGCCGCAGCACCAACAGCAGCAGGCGGCCGGCGCUGUCGAGAGCAGCCGCGGGUUCCGGCACAUGAUGCGCGAGCGCCAGCGCCGCGAGAAGCUCAGCCAGAGCUACGCCGACCUCCACGCCAUGGUCUCCUCCCGUUCCAAGGUACUUCGACCGUCCGCGCCCGCUGUCCUCCCACAUUCCAUUUCACUGGUGCUCGAAUGCCAUGUGCUGAAUGAACGAGUGAUGCCAUUGCAGCAGGACAAGAACUCGAUCGUGCAGUCCGCGGCCGUCUACAUCCACGAGCUCAAGGUCGCCAAGGAGCAGCUCCAGAGGAGGAACGACGAGCUCAAGGCCAAGAUCCUGGGGCACGACGCGCAGCAGCAGUGCGUCAAGGUCCAGUUCGAGGUGGACGAGCCCUCGUCCUCCAUCGACUCCAUGAUCGGGGCCCUCACGCGCCUCAAGAGCAUGAACGUCAAGACCAGGGGGAUCCACUCCAUCUUGUCCGGCCAGCGGUUGACGACGGAGAUGAAUGUCGAAACCACGAUUGCGGCUUGCGAGGUAGAAAAGGCAGUGGAGGAGGCUCUCCAGGAAGUAGAGAGGAAUCAGCUGCCUGACAGCGAGGCCCCGUUUCCCGGAAGCAGGAGCGCCUGGCCUCAAACAUCACACGUGCAAAAUGUGUUCUGA